GCAAUAAAGAGAGAAAAGGGAGGGAAAUAAGGAAAACGCAGUAUUGAAUUGACGACUAUACCCACCUCUACCGGCAUUAUGUCGACUCCUCCGAGUUGUGCUCUACACGCACAUUAACACCGAACCCACGCGCUCAAAUCUGAAAUCUCACCCUCUUAAUACCUCUCACUCCAUUCUAGGGUUUUCAUUCCCUUCGCACAAUAACGGAGAAAUAGAAAAAAAAAAUGUUGCAGCUUCUGUACGCGGUGAUAUUCGGGGAAAUGUUCGUGAUCGCGAGCUUCCUCUUCAAAACUCCGGCGAGGAAGCUGGUCAUCAUCACAUUGGAUCGGGUCAAGCGCGGUCGCGGCCCCGUCGUCGUCAAGACCGUCGCCGCCACGCUGCUGGUGGUUCUCGCUUCCUCGCUCUACAGCAUCGCCAAGAUCCGGCGUCGGAACCUCGACGCUCCCGUCGUUAACCCCACCGACCAAGUACUCGUGUCCAAGCACAUGCUCGAGGCUUCUCUUAUGGGGUUUGUGCUGUUCCUGUCUUUGAUGAUAGAUAGAUUGCACCAUUACAUCCGAGAACUUAGGUUACUAAGGAAGGCCAUGGAGGCUGCUAAGAAACAGAGUCGGAGUUUCGAGGAUGGUAAAAGUGUCAGUGCAGCAGAGCACAAGGCGUUGUUGGAAGAAAACGCCAUGUUGAAGCCCAAAAUUGAGAAACUGGAAUCUGAGUGUGAGGUGGAAGCAAGCAAGGCUAAGGCCUUGGAAACCGAGGUGGAAGCUCUUAGAAAGCAAUCUGAGGGGUUCCUUAUGGAAUAUGAUCGCCUCUUGGCAGACAAUCAGAAUCUUCGGAGUCAGUUGCAGGCUAUUGACCACAGCUCUCCUCAUUCUGUUAACAAAAAGAGCAUGUGAAGGUUCAGAUAUGCAGAGCAAUUUUCUCCUUUGAUUCAGCUGUUUCUGCUUAUACGAAUGCUAUUAGGCCAUGUUUGGAGCAUGUGAUGAGGAUAAAAUAAUAGAAUGGGCUAAUGGUGUAAAAAUAUGAAAUGCUUGGUGUUAUUAACAUAUAGACUUUUUGUGUAUACAAAUUUAAAUUUAUGAAGUUUCCCUUUUAUGUAAAAAAUAAAAUCUCCCAUGGUUUUUUCCCUCUUGAU